UUAUCAUUUAGAUAAACUGCAUUGUCCAAGAGCUGUACAUGUCAUACAAGAUAUGAUGCUACCAGUUGAACUAAACAAGCAUCACUUGAUAAAUUUAGAAGCCAUUGGAAUGAAAAUUCACCUGCUCAAGAAAUACUUAAUACCUUCAUCAGAAACUCAUCUAACAGUGCAAGUAACUGCACUUGCAGGUGGAAAGUUUGUUUUUCCAGAAAAUACAAUUCUUGUUAGUGCAGUAUAUGCUGUAUCUACCUCCAUUCCUAUACCAAUGAGACUACAGUUGCAGCACUGUAUUGAUCUAAGCAUACAACCAGAUAUGAGUCGCUAUCUUAAAUUUGCCACCGCUUCAAUAGAUAGUAGUUCUCCUUACAAGUUUUCAUUAGAAGAAGGAGACUUUAGAUCUGACAGUUGGUAUGGGUCUUUUAAUUUUACUACAAAUUGUUUUAUAUGUGCAUUGGGACUGAAAGAAGAACCUAUCAAUGAACAAGGAAGUCAAGAACAGCCAGAAAAACUUCAUCUACGAAUUGAUCUGUUUCAAAUUCAACAAGAUGAGCUACAACAACCUGGAGGAAUACAGGAACAAAAGGGUGGAGCUUUUAAGGAACCUCAAGGACUUGGUCCUGCAGGACUGAAACAAGAACAAAAGAAAAAUGAUGAUAAAAGCUUGCACAAAAAUGACAAACCUUCAUCUACUGAGAAGCCAGAUCUUUCUACUCAAGCUACUGGAAUAGAGAAGUUGCAAACCUUUGUAGGACGGUUAUAUUAUGAAAGGAAAGAUGUAAGAGAUUCAGUAAAAUUUGUUGCUGUUAAAGAUUUAAAUGCUCUCUGUGAGUAUUUAAAAAAAAUUAUCCUAAAUGGGAAGAAGGACAGGAUUUUUCCUUUAGGUUUAAAGAGGAAUACAUUGAAUUGCAUUUUGAUGAUACUAAUCAAGACAAUUCAAUAAUAGGCUGGCGUAUUAAGCCUCUUAUGAAACCUUGUCGAUUACAUCAACGUGAUGUUGAAAAGUUUGCUGGCGAUGAUCAUACUAGGCUUCCAUUAUGUCUCAUAACAGUAGAAGAUUCACCUGAAGCUAAAGAAACAUUAUAUUAUGGCGUAUUAGUAAUGGGUAUAGAAGAAGAAGUAACAAUAUACAUUGAGUGUUAUCUAAAAAAUACAAAUGAUGUUACCAGACCAGCCUGUUCAAGGGCUAGGGUAGAUGUUGCUGCUCCAACUGAAAGACAAGAAAUUUUGAAUUGCAAUGAUCAUAAGAAUCAAAUAGUUACUAAGUUAGAGGAUUAUGGAUUUUCAAAGGGUGACUGGGAGAAACUUGGGCAACGUCUCAAUGUGAAUUCUACUCGCUUGAAUGAUAUUAAAACUGAUCAUGGCAGAGAAGCAAACACUUGUGUGAACUUGUGUAUAGAAGCAUGGCUAAAAACUGGUAAAGCAACAUAUGGAGCAUUGAUUGAAGCUCUUAAUGGAAUGGGAGAAAAUGCAGUAGCUAAUGAAAUAAUGAAAGCUAAUGAUUUAAAAAAUCUUUCUUGAUUCCCUAGCUAUAAUAAAUUGAUAUUGACUUAAUUAUUUUAUUUUAGGUAAUAGCCAAUCUUAGUUAUUAUUACUAGUGUUUUGAACAAUUAUUGUUAAUUAA